AUGCGACGCGCGAGCGAGGUGACGCUUCGCGUGUACGAUUUGAGCGGUGGAAUGGCUCGAAUGAUGAGCGGAGACGUGCUCGGAACGACGAUCGAGGCGGUGUAUCACACCGGGAUCGUCGUGCACGGAAGAGAGUUUUGGUUUGGGCAAGGCUUGCAAUGCGCGCCGGAGAGCGAGACGCAACGGCAGUUCGGGGCGCCGUUGCGGGUGGAGACGCUCGGGACGACGGAGGUGGACGAGGAGAUGUUCCAGGAUUUCUUGCGUGAAGUUUCUCCGAGGUACACCGCGGAGACGUACAAUUUGUUACGACAUAACUGCAACAACUUCUCGAACGAAGCCGCGACGUUUUUAGUCGGGCGAGGCAUCGACGAAAAGAUCUUAAAUCUGCCGAAUGUUUUCCUCAGCACGGAGCUCGGGCGAGCGCUGGCACCGAUGCUCGGGAUGUUCGAAGAGCGCAUGCGGAACACGCAGGGUGGAUCCGCACUGAGCACCGACGGGACGACGACGAGCUGCGUCGUGGAAGACGCCGUUCCGGAGCCCGAAAAGACGAAAAUCGCCGGUCUUCCAGAGUUGAAGCCGCGCAAAAAGCUCACGACCACCCCCGGUGGUUCCGCCUCGGCAUCGAGCGAAGAUUUAGCCAAAAUGGUUCGAUCGCUCUCUCAGACGUUCGCGGAUCAUCACGAGCGCGGGGCGGACACGCAGACCGCCACUCGUGCGGCGCUCGCCUCGGCGCUCGGCGAGCUCGUCUCCGACUCCGCUCGCAACGAGUAA